AGGAUCCUCAUUUUUCGAAGAAAAGGGGGAAAAAAACAUCGCUAUUGCACAUUUUGCGACUCGGGAAAGCCCAGCUUUUUUAAAAAAACGUUGGAAAACCCCGGCUUGUCGUCCAAACUCAAAACCAGCCUGAAACUGAAACUACCAAACGAACAAACCCGCCACCAGCGCCGCCGUCUACCUCAACGGCGGCAACCUUCUCCCACUACCUUCCUGCGGUCCUGCUUCCCGCACGAACUCAACACCGGCAGGAUGCGAUAGACCCGUGGGUGUCGAAUAACGCGCGCCGCAAUGACCCUUGUCAAUGGCCCGAAAUCCGCCGCCGUGCUCUACUCCUCCCUGCUCCAGAGCUGCAUCGGCUCCAACGCCUUCCGGCAAGGCAAAUCCGUGCAUCACCGGACCAUCAUCGCGCCCUCCGCCUCGCCGCCGGACCUCCACCUCAGCACCAAGCUCGUCAUCUUCUACUCCCACUUCGGCGACGUCGCGGCCGCCCGUAGGGUGUUCGACGGGAUGCCGCACCGGAGCGUGGUGUCCUGGACGGCCAUGGUCUCCUCGUACGCCAAGAACGGGCGGCCCCGGGAGGCGCUGGAGCUGUUCGCGCUCAUGCUCCGGUCCGGCGCCCGGGCGAACCAGUUCACGUUCGGUAGUGUGGCGAGCGCGUGCGCGGGAGCCCGGUGCGCGCGGAGCGGGGAGCAGGUGCACGCGUGCGCGGCCAAAGGCAGGUUCGCGGGGGACAUGUUCGUGCAGAGCGCGCUCAUGGACAUGCACCUGCGGUGUGGGUCGGUGGCGGAUGCGAGUCGGCUGUUUGCGGAGAUGGAGAGGAAGGACGUGGUUUCUUGGAAUGCCCUGAUCAGGGGGUUCGUGGAGCACAGGCAUUACAGUGAUGCGCUUGGAUUGUUCGCUUCAAUGCUGAGAGAUGCAAUGGUGCCUGACCAUUUCACAUUUGGAAGUGCUCUAAAGGCUUCUGGAGCAGUGAGUCUGCUCUCCAACGUUGAGCUAAUACACACUUGCAUCAUCAAGCUGGGUUAUCUGGGCAACAAGAUUGUUACUGCAUCACUUAUCGAUUCUUAUGCAAAAUGUCGGAGUUUGAGCAGUGCAAGGGUGAUAUAUGACUCCAUGUGUGAACCAGACCUCGUUUCAUCUACUGCACUGAUCAGUGGGUACUCUAUGGAUAGAAACCACAGCAAAGAUGCAAUGAAGCUCUUCUGUAAGAUUCACCGUAAGGGUUUAAGAAUUGAUGGUGUUCUGUUAAGUUCUUUGCUUGCCAUUUGUGCUAAUACAGCAUCAAUAAAAUUUGGGACACAAGUUCAUGCUUAUAUGUGCAAGAAGCAACCUAUGGGCGAUGCAGCAUUGGACAAUGCUCUAGUUGACAUGUACGCAAAAGCUGGAGAAUUCACAGAUGCUAGGCGUGCUUUUGAUGAAAUGCCCCACCGAAAUGUGAUUUCUUGGACUUCACUUAUUACGGCCUGUGGGGAAAAUGGUUUCGGAGAAGAUGCUGUGACCCUUUUUGACAGAAUGGCGGAGGAUGGUGUAAAGCCAAAUGAUGUGACAUUCCUUGCUCUUCUGUCUGCAUGUAGUCACUCUGGUCUUAUGAACAAAGGGAUAGAGUAUUUCACGUCCAUGAUGAGCAAGUAUGGUAUCAAUCCAAGAGUGGAGCAUUAUAGCUCUGCUAUUGACCUUCUUGCUCGUGGAGGUCAGUUGGAAGAUGCAUGGAAGCUUGUUCAGAAGAUAAACGCUGAACCCAGCUCAUCAAUGUUUGGUGCAAUGCUUGGAGCUUGUAAAAUACAUGGAAAUGUGCCUCUUGGAGAAACUGCAGCCAAGAAUCUUUUCAGCAUGGAUCCUGAGAGUUCUGUAAACUAUGCUGUUCUUGCGAACAUCUUUGCAGAGUCAUGUCUGUGGGAAAAUGCUCAGAGGACCAGAAAAUUAUUGGCGGAAACAUCCAGAGGAAAAGAAGUUGGUUACAGUGUCAUAUGAUAUGACAAGGUUAUGGUUGAUGUAGACGAAAUUUCCCAGGUGAUGGUUAUCUGCCUGUUAUAAAUGCAAAAGAAGAGGCUGAACUCUGAAACAGCUUCAUUGUUCAGGAGCCCAGGUGAACAUGAGGCCAUACACACAUGAGCCGCCUCAAUUUGCGGAACUCUGAACUUAUGAAUGCUUGUCAUUUCAAUUAAGCAAUAGGGAAUUGGUGACAUAUCAGCAGCCAUCAUGUUUUUUUGAAUCGAGGCCAUCCCCAUUUCCAUUAUCAGAGAACGGAAAUACCAGAGUUCAGAGUACAGGAAAAGAAGGGAGUUUGGGGGGAAAGACACAAGCUAUGCACAGGCCACUACCCUAAUUCAAGCUAGGGGACCUAUGUGAUCAGUACCAUCAUGUUGGCCAAUGGGCUGCAACGCUUUCUAUUCUGCUGAAUGGCUCACCAUUAUCACCAUCUGAAAAAGAAUUGGUACCUAACCUCAGCUUGUGAGGCAUUGGCACUUUGCACAAUUGGCCAUGUCAAGUACAAGCUGGGUUGUUGUUUCGUGCUGACAUCCUGGAUGAUAUCCAAGAUCUGGUGGCAAGGGUGGCUCUUUUCCUGUGAUGAGAGUUCAACUACUAGCAGAGUUCUUUCUUGUCUUAUGCAACAGUACAGAGAGCCUUGGUUUGUGAUGUUCUGUUCUGUUCUAAUUAAGCAGAUGAACGGGAUGACGCCCGUGAAGGGGAUAAUUCCUCUCCCCACGAGGGCGUUAUGGAGCUGUUCUGACCCGGCGGAGGAACUGGGCGACGGGACGAAGACCAGACUGGUGAAGGCAGAUGCUGUCGACAGUCUCCUCAUUUUUUUUUUGCUGAUACAUUCAGAACUUGUUCAGUUAUUCACACUGUAAUUUUUGUGACUCGCAAAAGGAUCUAGGGAUUCAGCUUUAUAUAUUGGACUAUUC